AUGAAUGAGUUAGAAAAUAUUAUUGAAGAGUAUAUCUCUCCCGAAAAGGUUAUGUUUAAUUAUGAUAAAGAAAAAAAAAUAGAAUUAAUUUAUGAAAAGAACAAAGAUAAGGAGGAAAAUAAAAUAAGAAAUGAAAUUUUAAAAAAAAUAGUAGAUAUGAUUGAGAAUGAUAUAAAUGAACAAAAGGGAAAAUUUACAGAAAAUAGUUUAAAUGAGGUAAAUAAUAUAAGAGAUGGUAAUAAUAUAAAUAAUUCAGGUAAUAAAAUGUCGAUGUAUAAUAAAUUAAUUGAAGUAAUUAAAAUUUUAAAAAAAUAUUUCUAUUGUAAUGAAAAUUUGAAAAGAGGGUUUGCUGUAAAUUUAAUGGCAAACAUUUUUGAUAAGAUAAACAUAAGUGAAUUAGAUUUAGAAUAUUUUAAAUCUAUAAUAUUUUUUUUUAUUAAAAAAAUAGAAGAUUGGCAUUGUAUUAAUGGAGUCAUAAAAUUUUUUUUAAUUAUAUUAGAAAAAUACAGAGAUAUUUUAAGAACUAUUAAAUAUUCAAAUGAAAAGACAGUAUUAUAUAAAAAUUUAUUUAUUUUAAAAAAAGAAAAAGAAAAAAGUUUUUUAACAAAAGAGAGAAAAAGAGAUAACAUGAAAAAUUAUUUCUUUAAAUAUGAUGAAAAUGAUAACGAAGAGGAAAAUAAAAGUGAAGAUAACUCGGAUGUAGAAGGAAAUAUAUAUGAAGAAGAAAAUUAUUAUGAUGAAGUAGAUUAUAGUGAUGAUGAAUAUGAAAAAGAGCUUAUAAAUGAAGAUAUAGAAGAUGAAGAUGAAACAGAAGAAGAAAAUGUAAAAGAAGAAAAUUUAUGUGUUGUUUAUAAAAUUCUAAAGCAUUUAUUUAAACAUAUACAUGCACCAAGUUAUUUACAAAGUAUAAGAUUAUCUUACUAUAAAAUAAUUUUAAUUUCUUUAGAGGAAUUUAAAAGAGAAAUUUCUUCUAUUUCUAAUUUUAUUGAUAAAAUUCAAGUUCAAUUAGAAAAUGAAUCUGAUCCACGAAACAUUUUAGUUUUGUUUGAUAUUAUAUAUACAUUAUGUAAUAAAUAUAUAUCACCAAUUGAGAGUAAUAAUAAUAUUAUAAAUAUAAAUGAAAAUGAGUCAUCUGACGAAAAAGAGUAUUCUUAUAUACCAUAUGAUGAUCCAAAUAAUAUCAAUAAUAAUAGCGUUUCAGAUAAUAACAAUAAACAAAAAAAAGAAACAAAUUUUUAUUUAAAUGAAAAUUCUUUAUUUACAUAUGAAAGAGAGACAAACUAUUUAAAAUCAAUUAUAGAUAUAGCUUUUUAUUACUUUCCUAUAGAAUUUAUAAAUAGCGAUAUGAAAUAUGAAAGUAUUACAGAAGAUGAAUUACAACUCUCUUUCUUUAAAUGUUUAAAAUCAAAUAAAAGGUUAGGUAAUUACGUGAUAAUGAAUAUAUUAGAUCAAUUUUAUAAUUCUGAAAAUGAUGAAUUAAGUGAAAAAAAUUUUAAAAAUAUUAUAAAAGCAUUAGAGAUAUGCAUCCCUUAUUAUGGUUGUUUAUGUUCAUCAAAAUUUAUUGCUACUGUAUUGGGUUUAAUUGACUUAGAAUGCAUUGAAAAUAAUUCUAAUGAUAAAAUAACAGAUUAUUUUAUAGAUAUUCUUUUAAUAUUUAUAAACGUUCUUAAUAAAGAAAAUGAAAAUGUGAAAUAUUCCUUGUUUAAUAAAUAUUUUAUUAAUAUGUUUAAAAAAUUUCAAAAAUAUCUUAUAUUGCAUAAAAUUAUGUAUGAAAAAACAAAUUACAGAAUUUCUGAUGCAAUAGAACUAUUAAAUAAUGGAUUUAAUAACCAUGAUUUUACAUUUAAUCAUUUAAAUAAUAACAACAAUUCCUUUUCAUCUAAUAAAAUGAUUAACAAAAAAGAGAAAGAUAUCAGAUAUGAAGAAAAUGAAGAACGUUCUUCUGAUUAUGUAACAAAAUUUAAUGCAACUAUUAUAAAAGAAAGCGAUUUUAUACCAAAUCAUUUUGGCUUAGAUACUAAUAACUUUUCUGAUUCUUCUUCUUGUAACUCAUCUGAUUUAGACGAGGAUUCACUUUAUAUGUCUAAAAAUUAUGAAAAUAAUGUGGAUGGUAGUGAAACAAGUGAAAGAAAUAUAUUCACUAUAAUAAAAGAAAAAAAUGAAAUUGAAAAAAUAAAAGAGAAAAAACAAAAGGAAAAAAAAAAAAAUAAAAUAAAAAUGGAUAAAUUUCAUGUUAUAGAAAAAAUUCUUAUAUGCAUAUCAAAAGGUAAUAGUUACAUCUUUCUAUAUAUACUUAAUAUUAUAAUUAAACCAAUACUAAAAGAAUGCUAUUAUUUAAUAAAUUUUUUAACUAAUGAAAAUAUGGAAAAAGUAGAUGACGUUAAAGAUUAUACUGAUAAUAAUAGUAAUACAAAAAAUAUGUUUGAAAAAGAAACAUUAGAUAAUUUGAAUAAUAACUUAAUUUAUUUUAACAGUAAUGAAAAGGGUGAUUAUAAAUUUAAUAAAAAAAUAAAAAAAAGAUGGGAUUUAUUAUCAAUGUAUAUAAAUUUUUUAAAUAAUUUACUGGAAAAAAGUGCAAACAUAGAUGAAAUAAUAUUAUGUGAUAUUUGUUUUAUAGAGGAAAUUUAUAUAAUUAUAGAAAUUUUAAAGAAAGGAAAAAGUAUUUUUUUUCACAAAUACUACGAUUGUGGUUUAAAUCUGUUUAAUAUCUUGUCAAAUUUUAUAUGCAUGCAUACUAUAAAAGAAAGUACUUUUCAAAGUAAUAUAUUUUUCUUUAAGGGAAUUUUUUCUUUUUUUUAUAUAAUUGGAAUACAUACAACAAUUGAAAAGAUGAAUUUUUUUUAUGAAUAUCAUAAUAACUUUUAUGAAAUAAAAAUAGACAACUUUCUAUAUGUAGAUUUAUGGAGAAAUAAUAUAAUUAAGAAUUAUUUCAAUAUUUUAAAUGAUAUUAAAUAUAACAAUGAAAAUAUCAUUAAAAAAAAUAGUGAUUAUAAAGAAAAUGGCUUAUUUUUCUUUCUUAUUAUAAUAAAUAAACUCAUAAAAUAUAAAUAUGAGAAAAUUCAAAAUUACAUUAACAUAAUUUUAAUUAAUUUAUGUUUGUUAGUAUUGAAAUUAUAUUUUUGUGAAUAUAAAUAUUUAGAUUUUUAUUUUAAUCAUUUAAAUAAAAUAUAUCAAAUGGAUAUUCCCUGUCUUCUUUUCUUAUCUACGAAUUUAUCUUCUUUUAUCUUGAGAUAUUUUUUUAAUUAUAUAGAAAAAAUAAAAAAUAGUUAUUUAUAUAUAAAAAAUAAUCUUGAUAUGCAUAGAGAAAAUAAUAAUAUUUCUUAUUUUAAAAAAGCAGAUGAGAAUGCACCUAAUGAAGAAUCAAAAAAUUCUUAUAUGAAUAUUUUCAAUAUAUUCAAUGGUAAUAAUGAUGAUAAUAACAAUGAUAAUAGCAGCAAUAAUAAAGGUAUACAUAAUAAACAUGAUAUGAAUGAAAAAAAUGUAAAUAAUUAUAAUGUUGAAAAUUAUAUGUAUUAUAAUAAUGAAGAUAAUAUAUGUAAACUAAGAAAUAAUAAAGAAAAGUUGACAAAUAUGGAUAAUUUAUCAAAGGAAUUUGUUUAUGAUGAAAACAGUUAUGUUCAAAACUCCAAAAUGAUUGAGGAGUUAUAUUUAUUUGUAUGUCAGAAAAAACCUCCAAUAUAUUAUUUAAAUAAAAAAUAUAUAAAAUUAGGAAAUACUCUUAAUGUAAAAAAUUUGUUUUUUUAUAAGAAUGAACAAACAUUAAAUCUUGAUGUUAACGAAAAUAUUUAUAUAAAUGAUAUUGAAAAAAGAGAAACUGAAAAAAAAUAUGAAAAAGCAAACGAAAAUAAACAAGAAGACGAAAAAUAUAUUAUUAUUAAUAAGUAUCUAGAACAUGAUGAAAUUAUUUAUUUCUAUUUCUAUUUUAUUUUGAAUUUAGUAUAUCUUCACAUUUAUUAUACCUACAUUAAAACAAGGUACUCUUUAAAGAGUAAUGGAGAAUUUUCUAUAAAUAUGAAUGAAGAAAAAUUAAAAAAUGAAAAUAAUUAUGAAAAAAAUAUAAAUAAUCAAAUUUUAAAUAAUGAAAAAAUAAAAAUUUUAUAUGAUUCAUUUAUUUCUAUAAAUAAUUUGGAAAUAUUUGAACUAUGCAUAAAUUAUAUGUAUGAAGAAAAAAUUAUUAAAAAUGUUUUUUUAAGAAAAAUAAAUCUUGAUAGAUUUUCUUGUUCAAUGAAAAAAGAUGAUUUUGAAGAAACAAAUUUAAAAAAUAUAAAAAUCAUUAAUGAUAAGGAAAUUAUAAAUUAUUAUUCACAUUAUUUGAACAAUUUGACAAAUUUCAUUAAUAUCAAUAAUGUAAAUGAUUUAGAUUUAAAUGAUGUUAUUUCAAAAAAAUUAGAGAAUGAUAUCAAUAAUGAUUUCAAAAAUAAAUUGAUAGGAUAUCUUAAAGAUAAUAAUUUUUUUAUAAAUUUAAUGACUCUAGAAACGGAUAGGUUUUUAUAUGUUUUAAAAACAUCCUUACUAAUAAAUCUUAUGUAUGAAAAAUUAGAUAAUCAUAAAAAUGACAAUAACAACAAUAAUAAUAGUUUAUUAUUUGUGAAAUAUUUGUACCAUAAAUUAAAAAAAAAUCUUAAUUACAUUUUUAUUUUUCUCAGUAAAAUUAAAAAAAAAGAGUUUUUAGAAAAUUGCAUUGAUCAUUGUUUGAGUAAUAAUAAAUCAAUACAUUUAAGUGAAAAUGAUAUGUUUUAUAUAAUUUUUAAAGAUGAGCAUAAUAAUUUAAAUAAUUUUCCUUUUGAAUUUAAUUCAGUGAAUGUUUUAUUGUUAUUAUUCAUUCCCUCAUUAUUAUCUAUUUAUAGUUAUAUUAGUAAAAGUUAUAUUUAUAAAAUUUUAAAACUAUGCAUGUAUAUAUUUUUAUAUAAUAUAUAUAAGACAAAUGAUUCUUUAAAUAAAUUAUAUAAUUACACUUAUAACAAUGAAAAUAAUAAACAUAACUAUAAUUCAUUGUGUUUAUUAAAAGAAGAAACUAUAUUAAAUGAUUAUGAUUUUAUUAUGAUUUUUUUAAAUGAAAAAAGUAAUAUUUAUUUUAGAAAUUUAUCAGAAAUAUUUGAUGAUAAAGAUAUCAGAAAAUGCUUAGAAAUAAUUGAUUAUGUAAAUAUGAAAAGUAUGUAUAAAUGUUCUUUACAAAUUAUGUCUAUUAUAUUGCAUAAUUCUAAAUGUGAAAAAGAAAUGAUAAAUUUUGCAUAUAUUCAUUUUGAUUUAAAAGAUUAUUUUACUAUAUCUUUAAAAGAUACAUUAAUUUUUAAAAAUAUUAUUGAUCAUUUUAUUAAUAUAUAUAAAUCUUUUAUCAAUAAAUUCAGUGAAGAAAGCAGUAGUUUUUCUUUUUUAAAUUUUUUAAAUAAAAUAUUUGGUGUAUCAUUUAAAAAUAAUGAAGAAGAAAAUAUAAAUACAUUAUUUUUUUUAUUUGACAAUUUAUACUUUAAAAAUAUAGAAUUAGAUAAAUAUGACAAUGAAAAAAAUGAUAAACCAAACAAUAUGCAUACAAAACAAAAUAUAAACGAAAAUAGAAAAUAUCAUAAGAGUGUAAUUGAUAUAAAUAUAAUGGACGAACACUAUUUAAAAAUGAAUAUGGAAAUAAAAAAUAAUGAUAAUCAUACCUUAAAAUAUAAUUGGGAUUAUUUAAAAAAAGUAGAUCAAUUUUCAUUGAACAAUAUAAAUUUGUUGAACAUAAAAAAAAUUUUUUCUAAAAAUAAUGACUUAGAAAAAAAAAAUGAUAAUGACAAUUUUUAUUUCUUUUGUCAUUUCCUUUUUUCUCUUUUUCAGAAUUUUUCGAUUUUUUAUGAUUUAUGUUUUUAUAUAAAUGAAAAUGAUGUCAAUUAUAAAGAAGAAAAUAUUGAAAACCUAUACAAUGAUUUAAAUAAUAACUUGGAUAAUCAUAUGUUAAUACUUUUUUAUUAUAAUUAUAUCUCCAAUAUAUAUAACAAAAUAUUUUCAUACGUACAUAAUAUAGAUACUUAUUCAUUAUUUCACAAAGAGAAUUUUAAUAAUAUAUGCUUCACUCAAAACAAUAAUUUUAUUAAUUCGUAUAAAAGCAUUAUAAUUAAUUUUUUUUAUAAUAUUUAUAAUUAUCUUUUUUUUAUUGAUAUAAUAAAUAAAUAUAUUUCUAUAACGGAAUAUAUAUUUAUCAUAAAAAAGGAAAAUGUGUUUUUUAGACAUUCUUUACCAUAUGAUUUGAUUCAAAAAAAUGAAAAAACUGUGAAAUUUAUUGAAAAUUUUAUUUUAAACCAUAAUAUAAAAUCUGAUGAAGAUGAUUCAAAUAAGGAAAUUCAAACUUCUUUUCAUACUGAUACAAAAGAAAUAGAACAACAUAAAAGAAUCGAUUUACCAUUAAUUAGAGGUGACAAUGUAAAUGAAGAUUAUAUUGUAAAAAAAGAUUUGACAGAUGAAAAUAUUUGUGAAAGUAAAAAAAUAAACCAAAAUAUUUCUAACGAUUCUAAUAAUACUGAUUAUGAAAAUAAGAAUAAAAUUUUUAAGGAAAAUUUAAAGAAAAGAAAAAAAAAAAAAAUAAAUAAAUAUAAUUGUAAGUAUCUUAGUAUAAUUCAUGUAAUGACUAUUUUAUUAUUAAAUAUACCUUUUGAAGAAGUAAUAGAUAGUUACUUUAAAAUUUUAGAAAUAUGUAUACUAAAAGGAAUUAAUAAAAUAUCCAAUUUUUUUAUAAACAAAAAUAGUUAUCUUUAUAACAACAAAAAGUAUAUAAAUGAAAUUUUAAGAAAGAAUAUUAACAUAAUUCAGAAUAUAUUUAAUUCUGAUUGCAGAAACCAGUUAAAUGAAAAGAAUAAAGAAGAAAAUAAAUACAGAAAAAUAUUAUUAAGACAAAUUAUAUCAUUAAAUAUAGUAUUAUGUUUACGCUUGCUUUAUUUAAUAAUUAACUUAUUAAAUUACUACUUAAAGUUUAAAAGUAAAAUUAAUGUACACAAUGGAAAUACGGGUAAUAAAAAUUACUUAAAGGAAAAUUUAGAUUUUUUAUUAUCCUACAAAAAUAUAAUUAUCAAAAGUAUUAUGAAAAUAUUAAUUUCAGUUCCGUUAGCAUUAAUUAGAUAUUUAUGCGUUUAUAUUAUUUAUAUCAUUUCCUUUUUUAAUUAUGAGUCAUUUUUAUCUUAUUCUAUUAUUCAAGAUAUAAAAUGGUAUUUAUCUAUAGCCUCAGUUGAUCCUCAUAAAAAAGUUAGAAAAAUGGUAGUUUUGUGUAGAGCUAGAUGGAUGUAA